CCUCCCUGUACCCAUCUCCCCGUGCACUUACCUUGGGUCUCUGCGCUGGAUCUUCGUCCAGAUCUCCUACUCCAGCGCUGGGUCUUUGCAGAAACACUGUUAUCUGUAUUAUUGCCCUCCGAUAUCUACCGCCCCUCGGACACUCGCCGCUCCAGAGUCGGUCUGGUUUUCCCACUCUCACUUUCCCCUUUACGAAAGCGCCGCGCCUCCGUCUCCGCUCUUUACGCCCCAUCUCACCGUCAACACUUUCGCCCACAGGAAGUUAACAAUCCGUAUUGCCAACUCGGUGACCACGGACCGCUUUGCAAUUCGCUUAGAUGGAUAAAAGUUGUCGGUAGUGGAAGAGGUUGAACAGCGCGCGUGUGUGAAAUUAGUGUUAAAUCGAUUGAUCAUUUAUCGCCUCCCUUCUUUGUACCUAUUUGCCCGAACGAAAUUGUUACCUGAAGGGAUUCGUCCUGGGGAGUGGGAUCAUACCAAGAGACUAUCGAGGCCACCGACAGACCUCCAGCUCUUGGUUUUCUACUUGCAAUUCCUGACGGGAUUCGAGGAUGGGACCGGCGGAGGCUGCGUCUUCACCCACUUUUCCUGCCUUGGAUCCGAUCGUCGUUGAUAACGAGAUGGAUAACCCAUACCAAGAUACCAAUCUAGACUUCCUUGACUCUGCGCGAUUGCAGAUGUCGUCUGAAAACGCUGGCCGGGAUUUCGACGAUCUCUUCGCCCAUUCCACCUCGUCGCGCACCGUCACCGAAUCGGGGUCUGUGUGUUUGUCGCCUUCGGAUUUGUCCCUUAAGCGGCCAUACCAAGAUCAAGAUACAUUACGACAGCCAAAUCUUGUGAAACCAGAUUCCCCGGCGGAGUCCCCAGAAGCCUCAAGCCGCAGUUCCUCGUCGGAGUCACCUCGGGAUCAUCUUCGGAACGCUUCAGUAGCCUCAUCUGCAUCGGCGAUUCAGAGCGAAAGUCAUAUCAUGCCAUUCGGGUACACGUCAGAGGAUUGGCUCGGCCAUGAUUUAGGCUCAGUCAAAGAAGAGUCGCUGUUUGGGUUUGACCCUUCUUCCAUAGGCAGCAUGGAUGGUGCUUUCCCAGAUUUGGAGUCGAGUAACAAGGCCAUGGAUGCAGCUUUUGAUUUUGAAAGUGCCGCUAGUAGCCCUAGCCCCUUGAAGAUUGAAUCUACUCCGCAGCCGACAUCGCAGAAGAGCUUGAGAACACAGUUCCGCAGUACAUCGGCGUCAAAACGAUCCGCCUCUCCGCAGUUUCACUCGACGGGAUCACCGUACCUCCGCCACAACACUAAAGAACCCUCUCCUUUCGCAGUCUCCGGUUUACCCAGUCAAGGCAAGUCACCCAUGAACCAAUGGGCUGGCCGGUCACCUUCUUCGCUCCUAGAGGAGAGCUUCGGGGGUAUCAAUAUGAACGCCAGCUCGCCCUUGAACUCCAACUUGAACUUUGUUCCAAACAACUUUACCAACUUCGGCCUCAACUUCGCACCAUCCCCUCCGCAAAGCAACACGAAGUCGGAAACAACGCAGCGUCAUGUUCUGACCGUUCAUCCUACAUCUCUCAAGUCGCGUGUAGAGACACAGAUUCCCAUCAGGUUAACUCUAUUCCCGUUGCCCACCGGCGUGAAGAAACUUCGCUUGCCAAGUCACACCAUCUCCAAGCCGAAAUUCCUUGCGCCAGCGUCGGCUGACCGCGCUCUGGACACCCUAGAGCUGCACACAAGUCUUGUUUGUACGAGUGCAAUGCAAGAUCAGGAAAAGCUGAAGAAGGCAUUUGCGCGAGCAAGAGGAGAACCGCGCUACCGUUCCUCCAGCUCGAGCCCUCAUCCUGUCGAUGACGUACAGGAAGAUGAUAAACCUUUAGACGGUGGAGAGGUUAAGAUUUGCUCUGGAUGCAUACAGCGGGAACGGAAGCGAGCUUUUCGUAAGAAGCAGAGGAAACCAGAGGAGGAUGAGCUCUUCCAGAAAGAUGAAGAAAAGAGGGUCAUUGUGUUCAACACUAAUGAGAUCAAGGAUUGGACUGAGCCUUCUAAGAAUGCCAUGCCCAAUUAUGGUGACAUCCCGAACCCAGCCGUCCCUGCGGGGGCCAUGCAGGUAGAGCUACCCAUGCGAAUUGCAUGCUACUGCAGACAUCAAAAUGAGAAGCUGGGAUUUCAGGUCAUCUUCACAAUCACGGAUUAUAAGGACAAUGUUAUUGCCCAGGCGAUAACGAAUUCAAUCAUGAUCACAGAUGAUCACAAAACCCAUGCCCCUCCUGCUCCUCCGGCACCCGGCCCUUCGCCCUCUUUACCUGAUGGAACGCAGUUGCCGGGUGUUGGUGUGUUCCCGUCCGGUCCAGUCCUCGACAAUGGAAAAUCGUCUAGUUCAUCGCAGCCAUCGUCUGCCACAGAUCUGCAAGGGCUCCAGCAGAGGUUCAAUACGCAGUAUCAACUGAACUCAGGGUCUUUUGCAGUGCCCCAGAAUUCCACGCAUGGCACAACCUCGUCUACGUCACGCAGUCUUUCACGUCAAACGUCACCGAACGACUUCCAAGGCCCGAUGAGCAAGAGACGUAAACACAGUAAUUCUGGAAGACUUCCAUCCGAGCUAACCAUGACAAAACUGGACAACGCGCAAUCAUCCACCGCCGUCUCUGGCACUCCAGCCCUUAACAACGAUUCGCCGUUCUCCGCACCGCGCGGAUUUGCCUCGCCUGUUGAAAGGCCUUUCGUGACAGCAUCAGCCAUGUCUGGUCAAUUCCCGAACAGUCCUCCGACUCCUAGUAGUGGCGACAGCAAUCCUUUCUUCAACCCUACCUCACAGCAGCAAAGCCUGGAUAGUUUUAUUCAACAACAAUUGAUGUCGGCACCAAAUUCCGCUCAACCAAGCCGUCCUGGAACCCCCGGGCCCUCUACGCGGAACAACUUCCAAGAGCAAAACCUUAAUCUUCCAUUGGGCCCCAAUACGUCAACCCCAAUGUGGCCUCCUCUCACGAAUGCUGGAAACCGGUUGCCUUCCGUCAUUCACAAGUUAGUUCCAGCCGAGGGCUCCAUUACGGGAGGAACCGAAGUGACGCUCUUGGGAAGUGGGUUUUAUCCCGGCAUGGAAGUUGUCUUCGGCGACACCCUGGCUACAACCACGACCUUUUGGGGUGACAAAUGUCUCAACUGCUUGACCCCACCUGCACUCCAGCCUGGACUGGUUGCAGUCGUCUUCAAGCAUGAGCAUCCCACGUUUGGUCAGGUGCAGACGCCUCAACCUCUGAUGCCGAAACAGCAACAGUUUUUCCGUUAUGUGGAUGACCGGGAGCUACAAAUGUAUCGACUCGCUCUGGGUAUACUCGGACAGAAACUUGGCAGCCAAGCGGAUGCCUUCCAAACUGCUCAGCAAAUCAUGGGUAGCGACCCCAAAUCCGUUUUCGGUCUGCAAAAGGACUUCCAAGGGGGCUCGGGCGGUGGCCAUCAGCGGCAAGUGCCCGGAUUAGAGUCACAGGGUAAAUUAGGUGACAUGGAUUCCAAGAUGUUGACCUACCUCGAAUUUGUCGAUCUCGACGAUAGCCCCCGCCCGCCGAAGUACAAUUCCCGCUGCGCCACGGGCCAGACCCUCCUUCACUUUGCAGCAUCCUUGGGGCUGACACGGUUCGUUGCGGGACUGCUUGCUAGAGGUGCCAAUCCAGACGUGCAGGACAACACCGGGAAUACGCCCAUGCACCUGGCCGCCUUGAACGGCCAUGCCCACAUCGUCAACAGGCUCCGUCUGGCUGGUGCUAAUGUCAAUACCCGUAGCAUUCGCGGUUUUACUCCCGCUGACAUUGCUUCCACCCUACCCGCUCAUCAAGCUGCUUUGGUUCCAGCGCAGCAUCGCCGCUCACGAAGCGUUGGGUCAUUGGCAUCGUCGCGACGCAGACACAGUAGCUCUGCCUCCCUUCAUUCGCUGUGGGAGUCUUCCUCGGGUUCGUUCGAUGAAGCCAUCGACGACUCGGAUGAUCUCGAUGACGAUGACAGUGAUGACGUCGAAUUUACAGUGUCACGGCGGUCAAGCAUGCAUCACGAUGUGCCGGCACCGCUCCCUAAUGUCGAACAAGCUUCGGCGCCUGAGGACGUGCGACCAUUCUCUCCGCCGGCCGCCCUUGUCGCUUGGCGGAAUCAGUUACAGACCCAGAUCAAUCAGUUCCAGCAAAGCGUGGCUAAUGCGUUCCCUAAUCUUCCCGCAUUGCCGCCAAUGCCGGCUUUGCCUGACUAUCAAGCGCACCCGAUGAUGCGUCGCAUUACCAACCUUGUUCCACACAGGCCUUCCACCGCGCGGUCGGCUAAGGAAGGCUGGUGGGACAUGCUAACAGGCAAUUCUGCCCCCAAUACCACGGAGCUGCCGUCCUACGAAGAACUGUACCCUCAACAGGAUGAUCAGGGUGACGAAAAUGUGGCCCGUAUGAAGAAAUCGAGCAUGUUACAAGCCGCUACAGAUGCAGUUUUGGAUCAACAUUUCGAGGCACAAGCCAGUGCGCAACCCAGCACAUCUCGCACAGUCACUGUGAACCAGGAAAAUGAGCAUCUUAAGGAUAUCCGCAUUGGCAAAAGGGUGAUCUCUCGCGAGCAGCAAAAGCAUCUCCGGGAACAGCAAGCACAGAGGAUGAAGGGUCUUGGUAGCGAUCGCAACCUGUAUUUUAUUUGGAUUCCCCUUCUGGUUCUGGUUAUCUGCGCCUGGGCUCGAAGCUAUGUUCCAGGCAUUUGGCAAGGAUUAUCGAGUGGUAUUGAGUUUGUGAAGACCCGCUAUGCGCAGCGCGCGUUGGAUCUUGGAGUUUAGAUACUCACUUUCUCUCUUUUCUUCCUUUAUUUCCCCGUUAUUUCCCUCCCUUUCCCUUAAUUUUCCUUUUUGCGGUCUGUUAUUUCAAGCUCGGGCGUUAUGUCCUCUAGGCGGGUGACAUCAUCGGUUUAUUACAUUGUUGUUUGGUUCGCUGUUUCGACAUAAUGAUGGGAUACGAUUAGGUGUUUUGCACUGUGAGCAUUGUUCAUUUGAAAUAUUGUACAGAGCUGUUGGUUUUCGCAUGAUCGGGUCAUCCUGGUUGUGAGGGAAGUCCAUCAAGCAAUGGUGAAUAUCUACUGUGUAUAUAGUUCCCUAUUAAUUCAAAUAGAGCUUUUGAAGAUA